AUUAGGGUUCCUAGUAUCUGCCCAGAACAGCUGCGCUCAUCAUGACUGAAAAUCUAACCUAAUCGACCACCGAGCGGUUCUGAAUUCCACGAAUUUCACCAUUCUAAACUUGAUGUUUUUCAACACCACAAAACAAGCAUAUUUUCCAUUGAAAAAUAGUCUAUAUCAAUUUACUAGGACACUGGACCCUAAUAUGUCCUAAUAUAUUACAAUUACUAUAUGUUUGUGGCUGACGCUGCCUAGGUUGCCAAUCCUCUUGGAGAAUCCAUUCUCCUUCAAUCUUCUCUCUACCUUCAGCAACAGUCAAACUUCCUCUAUUUUAAAUAAAGUGUUUGCAUUCUGCAUAGUUAUCUCAGCACCUUUAAUCACUUUUUGAACAGCUUCAUCCACAAUAGAUAGAGAUAUAACACCCUUAAGAUAUUUGAUAUGGAAAAGCGUCACGUGAUAUGGCGGCUUGGCUCCCUCUCCAAGGGCUAAUAGCUCGGCCCAGCCCGGAGAAACCUCGCCCCAGGUAGGGCUUCGGAACGGAAAAAUGCUCGGCACAGCUAAAAAAUCUCUACCUGGGCUGAGCUUUUAUGUAAAGCUCAUUGGUUGCAAUCACAGUAGUGCAUACACUAAGCAUAUGAAUCGCGUAACAGUUGCUGAUCAGUCGCGCAUCAAUUUCAGUCGCGCCACAUACACAUAAUUGUGUAUGCUCCGCGUAUGCUCAAUUUCAAUGAUGAAAGAAUCAAAUUGUCUCUUCCUAUUACUAUCCAACUUGUUAGCAGCUACCAAAACAUACUUUUAAGAUGGCUGAUGAAAUAACUCAAGAACUUCAACAAUUACUGCACAAUAUACCAGGCUCACAGUCAAAUACCUUCCCUCCUCUGGAUGCCACUGUUUCAUUAAAUAAUGAUGAGGAUGCCCAAUCAUCAUACGAUUCUGAUACUACUACCUCAGUAGAUGAUGAAGAUGAUGAGGUAGUGAAUGAUGAUGGUCAACUUCCACUAUCAAUGGGACUUAGCAGGAGCAUGAUCCAAGACUUUGAAGUUGUUAUUAGCUCCAAUGGCCAAGCAUAAAUAGCUGUGAAGGAGGUAGCUGACCAUGCUACUAUGCCAGACUAUCCUGAAACAGCAAGACAUGGCAUUCUACACUGUGCUGGGGGCACUGCGAAACCCUGGAUCUCCCAUAUUUCCUAUCUUAGAACACCGUAGAACCGCGGACUCAGACAUACUAAUGUAUAGUGGAGCCCGCGGCCGGAGAGUACUUAAUGGAGGGUUCCCUCCCAGAUAGUUACAAGAAAUAGAGCAUUCUUUUAGUUUCUAGGUUGCUUUACUAGUAUCAUUGUCAUUGUACAGAGCAGAGUGAGGCUCCUUCAUUGUUGUGUUUCCUUUUAUUAUUAUAUUGUUUUCUUGCUAAGAUUAUUUGGUGCCGUGUGGUAUAGCAGCAUUGCCUUGGUAUAUCCAUUCCUGAGAUCCCUCAAUCACAACCUGGUUCCUGUUGCAGGGAACAACACAUGUACACCCCCCUUUACGCUAGUUUCAUCAAAAU